CAGGAAUACAUCACUUGUGCGAGGAUGGCGGAAGCAACGCUCGGAAUCAAGUGAAAUGUUGCAACUGGCCGGGUUUUUUCUAGACCGGUACCGGUGCCGGCCCAAACCUGUGCGACCGAUGGGACCGGCCGGUAGACCGACAUGAAUCAUCAUUGUUUUUCCUUAUCCUAUAUGAGUCAUAGUUUUCAGUGAAUUGCUACACUAAUUACUUAGAUCUUCUACUUCAUCAUUAUCCAACAUUUGUGAAGCAUGAUUAUCAAUGCACAUCAAAGGAUGUGGCAAGAAACUUGAUCCUAUCUUUAUAGCUGACUUGAAAAAUUGUGGAAAAGCUGUCUCUUUGUGUUCUUUUAGUCUGCGAACGGAGACUUCGAUGUUAGAAGCCACUGGGCAGUUUUUUCUAACAUAGUGAUAUUCGUUCUAGGCAGGAUCCGUGAACUACAUAAUAAACUUGUCUAUAAGAGAACAACAAAUACUCCACACUUCAGUUUAUGUAGUGGCUAGGUAAAAGUUAUAUUUUUUAAUUUUUUAACUAUACAGAGAGUAGCAUUGACAUCUGUUUGGAAUGCACCAGUUUUUCUUCAUUUCGUAUAAGACAUUGUGAUAAUAAAGACGUAAUGCUACAUUAUACCCCACUAUCACCUAAACCAUCAGAAACUAUUAAUUUUUUGGGGUUUAAUAUCAUGUAGCCUGAAAUAAAAUACACUCAAAUUAUCAUAUUCCUGUUACGUGUUAACAGUAAAAUAGAAACACGAAUCAAGCUCUGCAACAUAGUUUUGACGAAGGGACAUAAUACAUAUCGCACAAAAUGCAACUAAAUAUGCCGUAAAUUACAACGACGAAUGCUGGUUCCAUUUGCUUUCUAUGAUAACAUCUUAUAGUGAAGUGGCUAGAUAAAAUAUAUGAGGUGUAUUUCCAUAAAUACUGACUUAAUAUAAACAGUCUACCACAUUUUUCUGGGUAGAUUUUAUCAUGAGCACCAGUAAAACUUGUUCAACGCGCAAAAAUAAACGCUUCUUUGCUUUAUGUUUGCACAAAAUGACCAAAAAUUAAUCAAAAAAUCGAAAAAUUUCUAAACCCGCUGGUGUGAUAAAACUCACUUCUACCAGUUGGUAAGAAAUCCUAGAUCGGACCGAGCGUUCGUCGGUACCUGUUGCAACACUGAAUCAAGCGCACAGACGCCUUGUUUAUUAUUUCCGAUAUGGUGACCAUUCAGCGAAAAAAAAACGCGAAACGCACUAUAUCGAAAAUAUAUUUCAGCGAAGGUGCAUAACAGCGAAAAAAAGAAUUGCGAAAGGCAAAGGGGCGAAAAACGAGAAUUGCGAAAAAAAGUUAGCGAAUGUGAAAAAUAGCAGAAAUCAACAUCGGGAAAGGUAUUUCAGCGAAUUGUUUUUCUUGGCGAGAUUCGAUUGUUUAUGUUUAACGGUGAUUCAUCGUGUUGCAUAUGUAUAUAAGUGAUAGCUCUUGCUCGUUCUGCACUUUCCAACCAACUAAUCUGUUUUAUUCUUUUUUUUUUUUUGAUAUAUAUUCGUCCGUAUGUGAUAUUAGCUCGCUGAUACAUACAUAUAUACUUACAUAUGUACAUACAUGCAUACAUACAUACAUCAUUUUAUUCAUUAACUGACCAAAUAUGACUGAUUCAAUAGUACUCUCUUUUACCACUUCGAAUCGGAGUAAACCUUUGCUUAUUUAUUCAGGACAUUCUUACCGACUUAAAAAGUCGGCAAUGAGGGUAAAGUACUGGUCUUGUAAUUCAAAUAGUUGUUCAGCUAAUGUUCAUACGAACCAAAACGACCAUUUUCUCAAAGCUAAUGGUCAUCAUCAUCAUAUGCCUUCACCAGAACAAAUUGAACUUCGAAAUUUGAAACAGAAAGUCAAAGAUAGAGUACAAGUUGAAACAAAUUCUGUACCAAAAAUAUAUGAGAAGGAAUUAGCUCGUUCUAAUCUCUCUCCAACUGCUCUCAUCCUUGCACCUGUUGCGACUGAAGCUAAAUCUAAUUUAAAUCGUAUUCGUCGAAAAACAACUGCACCAUUACCAACAUCAAGCGAAUUUGAAAUACCUGAUACGUAUCGAAAUACAUUCAAUGGUGAACUAUUUAUUUAUUUUCCUUAUGUUAUUAGUCUUCUGUCGGGAAAGUUAACUGCUAUAUAUCGACAAUUAUUAUCUGAACUUGAAUAUCAUGCUGAACGAUUAAAAUUGAAAUUUGAACCAGUUCACAUCAUGUCAGACUUCGAAAUGUCCUUGAUUAAAGCUAUUAAACAGAAAUUUCCCAAGGCAAUGCAUCAUGGUUGCUUCUUUCAUCUAUGUCAAUCUCUUUAUAAAGAAGUACAAGCACUUGAUCUCGCUGAAGCUUAUCUUAAUGACGAAGAUAUACGUUUAGCUUGUCGAAGCACAAUGGCUCUUGCUCUUCUGUCAUUUGAAUAUAUAUAA